AUGAAAAACCUGAUUUAUCAGAUAUUACAAAUAUUAGGAGUUCAAAUAAAGUUGAUAUAUUGGUUAUCAUAAACAAUUAUUGUAACAAAACAACAACAUCACCAUUUGAUCCAGCUAGAAGCCAUAUUUUGGAUAUGAUGCCAGAAUCAAAGAUUCAAAAAGAAUUUAAUGCUGAUGAUUGGUCCAUUUGGUUUGAUGAUUAUAUAUCUCCAUUAACUACUGGAGUACUGAAGCUGGAUGGAACUUGUUGUGUUCCUUGGGGUGAAAUAAGUGUAUUAGCAUCACAAAAUCACUGUAAUUCUGAAAAUGAUGCUUUAACAAUGACAGUGGAACAUG